AUGCCAGAUGAUAUUGUGAUACCCUGGACUGGUGAAGAUUCAGUAUCCCAACUGAUCGAUGCUGCCCUUCCCGACUUGGCAGAUAAUUCUGAGGAUCAAGAUUACUUGCUUAACCGGGCAUUGAUUACACCAUUGAUUGAGCAUGUCGAUAAGUUAAAUGAUCGAGUGGUUAGCAUGUUUCUCGGAAAAGAGCAUACGUAUUAUUCAUUUGAUUCUGUGGAAAAUGAUUCCCAAAACCUCUAUCUUCAAGAACACUUGAACGGAAUUUCCCCGAGUGGUUUACCUCCUCAUGAGUUGAAACUGAAUCUAGGAGCACCCAUUAUGUUACUGAGGAAUGUUAGUGCCAAGAACGACUUAUGCAAUGGUACUAGGCUUAUCGUAAAGAUUUUUUUUCCAAAUUGUAUCGAUGCAAUGAUCCUCGAUGGCAAUUCAGCGGGUAAAAGAGUUCCUCCAUAA